AUGAAGAGUGAUGAAGAGGGGCGUUCUCUGUUUGGAAUAUCGCUGUCUGAGAGGCCCAGAUGGCAGCAAUUCUUGAUUUGUUCCUCUGGGUUUUUCUUUGGCUAUCUCGUUAAUGGCGUCUGUGAGGAAUAUGUAUACAACAGGCUCCAGUUCAGUUAUGGGUGGUACUUCACCUUUGUGCAAGGGUGGGUUUAUAUUCUGCUAAUUUACCUUCAAGGAUUUACCACCAAGCAAAUGGUGAAUCCAUGGAAGACAUAUGUGAAGCUCUCAGCCGUGCUCAUGGGCUCGAACGGGCUCACGAAGGGCUCUCUGGCUUUUCUCAAUUAUCCAGCCCAGCUCAUGUUCAAAUCCACCAAGGUUUUGCCUGUCAUGAUCAUGGGGGCUUUUAUUCCGGGUUUAAGACGUAAAUACCCUCCUCAUGAAUAUGUUUCGGCUAUCCUUUUGGUGAUCGGCCUUAUUCUUUUCACCUUGGCCGAUGCCCAAACUUCUCCAAAUUUCAGCGGAAUUGGGGUCUUUAUGGUAUCUGGUGCAUUGAUUAUGGAUGCAUUCUUAGGAAAUUUACAAGAAGCUAUCUUUACAUUGAAUCCUGAAACAACACAGACAGAAAUGCUUUUUUGCUCGACUUUGGUAGGCAUGCCUUUCUUGAUUCCACCUAUGCUAGUUACUGGAGAACUGUUUAAGGCCUGGGACUCGUGUUCGCAGCAUCUGUAUGUGUACGGAGUUCUGGUUUUUGAAGCCAUGGCCACCUUUAUUGGACAAGUUUCGGUUCUUUCACUCAUCGCAUUGUUUGGUGCUGCCACCACAGCUAUGGUGACAACGGCUAGGAAGGCAGUAACCUUACUGCUUUCAUACAUGAUCUUUACGAAACCUUUGACCGAGCAACAUGGGACUGGGCUUUUGUUGAUUGCAAUGGGGAUUAUACUGAAAAUGUUGCCCGAUAGCAAGCCGAGCAAAAGUCCCGCAGCCUUGAAUUCGAGGCCCAGGAUUGAAAGUUCAUCGUCACAAAGCGAAGAUAGAAGGUUUGAAUUAGGACAAGAAGAGGAUGAUGAAGAAAAGAAGCCUUUGGUCUGA